GGAGGGGGGUCCGGAGAGGAGCUAGGGAUGGGACUGCGGGCUGGGCCUCAGCGGCCAAGCUAAGAUUUAGGCCUGAGAUAAAAGGGGUGGUGCUCGAGUGAAAGGUGGGACCAAGAGUGGCCUGGAGGAAGCCGGGAGGCCCGGAUGAAAAGCGCGACCGAAGCUUAGACUUGGGCUGAUAAGACCACGCAGCCUAGAGCGGGGGAGGGGGUGGCGGGCUCGGGCAAGCAUGAGGCGGAGUUAAGGACUGAACUGGGGCCAAGCAGAGAUUGGGGUCCACAACUGGCUGAGGCUGUGCAGUCCACAACUGGUGGAGGCCCAGGGCUAGGCUUGAGUGAGGAAGAGUCUAAGGGACGAGAGCUGGGCUGAGCAAUGUGGGUCAGGACGACUCUACGGAUCGAAAGGUGGACUAAGGAAAAGACUGAGGAUGAUGCCAGCAGCUGGGAUGAGAGCGACCCUGAUAUAAACAGGUUACCCAGCUGGGAGCGAGGACAUCUGCUGGCUAGCGUGGCUUCUAGCACCGAUACCUCUAUCUUCUCUGAAGGUGAACUCAAGGACACUGACAGAUGCUGCUGGCAACAUAAGCCAUGCAGCGGGCACAUCAUCCGCCCCUUCCCUUCUGACUACGGCCACCACAACUUGCACGUGCACACCAUCAGCUGCUGUGACUGUGACUGUAGGCUGAAGGACUGCUCAGAGAAGACAAAUAGCAUCACCUCCCGAAAUGGUGGCCCAACCUGCUCCAGAGAUGGGGGCUCAACCUGUUACAACAUCAUCCAGACCCCGUGCUUUGAGUUCAUCCCAGAGGAAGAGUGUGUGGAGCGCUUCUGGUAUGGCUGGUGCAAAAGCUACAGGCCUGUCUCUGUGGCAGUGAUCCACCAUCCCAUCCACCACGAGUGUAGGGCAGAUGACCUAAAUGAAGACGAGGCAGAGGAGGAGGAGGAGGAAGAGGAGGAGGAGGAGGAGGAGGAGGAAGAGGAGGAGGAGGAAGAGGAGGAGAGCAAGCCCCUCAUCCCAGCCCAGGUGGGGCCGACCGCCACACCCACACCCACACCCACACCCACUGACACAGGCCCAGGCGUGGGUCCUGUCACAGGCGCCCCUGACUCAGCAGCUCCCAUCACCAUCUGGCGCUCUGAGAGUCCCACUGGGAAGUCCCAGGGCAGCAAGGUGAGCAAGAAGGUCAAGAAGAAAAAGGAAAAAGAAAAGGAUGAGGAGACAGAUGAGAAGACAAAGCUAAAGAAAAAAGUCAAGAAGACCAAGUUGACGAAAAAGAAAAGCCCGGUUAAAUCGGAAUCGUCACCCCCAGACUUGAUUCGAACACUGAGCCCAAGAGAGCUGACUAGGAUGUCAGAGUCCAGCCCAGAGAGCCGGGGAGAACUGGAGAGCGAGGACAGUUACAGUGACCCCAAGCGUGAGGAGCCCCCCUCCAGUGAGGAAAUUGUGGAAUCUUCAUCACCCAGGAAGAGAGAGAAGAACAUGAUCCAGGCCAAGAAGCCUGGGGCGAAGCCCUCACCAAUCAAGAAGGUCAGCAAGAGGAAAUCUCCCCCAGGAUCAAACCCCAAUCUCAGUUGAGGCCAGGGGGAGCAGGUGAAGAAUAAAUUCAAUCAAGUCUGUAGCUGAACCCCUGCUGCUGUUCUCUCUCCCUCUUCUCUGCCCCCUCUGGGGGUGGGUGGUUGCUCUGGGUAUUGCUGGAGCCAAGGCGCUGGGGGCUGUGGGGGUUCCUGAAGGGCAAUCUGUCUUCCAAGAGAAGUACGUGGGAAGGUAGGUGGCUGGCAGGGGUGAGGCACAGCCUAUUUCUCUGUAACAUCCUAGGCCUGGGGCAGAAGGGGGUGGGGUAGGAAGGCAGCUUCCCAUCUGCUGGGAGACUGGUCCGUGUGAUAUCCACCCCGGGACGGGCAGUACGUCUGCAGUGAUACCCCUAAUAAACUGAACCUUUUAACCCACUUUGUGCCACUGUGCCUGGCCU